CCCCCGGGACCACAGAGGCGGCCGAGGAGGGGCUCCUCCCCGGCUGCGCGCCGCGGGCACGUGCCCGGAAAACCAGAGCCGCGUCCCGCGAGCGGAGGGCUGCAGGGGGGCUCCGCUCGCUGCAUUGCGCCGCCCGAGCCCCGCCAGCUUCCCGGCGCGACGGGCGAGGCGGCUCGGGCGAUGGGCUCCCGGCUGAGCCGGCAGAGCGGCGCGGAGGCGACGGGCGUUCUCGGCCGCUCCAAGGGCUCCCUCCGCGGCAGGAGCCGCCCGGAGGAGCCGCCGCGCCGCCUCGGCCCGGACUGCCGGCUGGCUUCGUUGCUGCGGGGCUCGGAGAAGCGGCCGGCGGGGCUGCGCAAGAGCCGGCCGGCGGCGCCCUACGUGCGGCGGGUGCGCUGGCUGCGCGAGAUCCAGGCCGCCCUCCGCGAGCACCAGCACGAGCGGGCCGUGCAGCUCCUGCGGCUGCUGCGGAAGGACCUUGGCCUGGAGGGGACGUUCCUCAAUGAUGUGCUCUAUAAGAAGGCCACCUUCCUCAACCUGGUGGAUCCCAUCUCCCACGACCUCCUGAUGAACCUGGCCAGAGACCUGCAGUGCCCCAAAAAGGAAUACGAUCCGUGGAAAUCCUCUGACCGGAUUUGCCGGCAACUGAUCUACCACUUGAGUCCACAUUCUAAAUGGCAUCGAUCUGGGCUGCGCCAUCGCAAAUCCCACAGCAGUCUGAAGAGUAGCCUGCAGAAGAAGCUCAGCCAAGAAGCCAUCCAUCUCUCUGGAGUCCCUCUCUCUACACACGACAUCCAGCAUCUGGCCAGCUACUUGCAGGACAGAGGGGGCCCCCUUCUCACCCUCGACCUGAGUUUCACCGACCUGAAGGAUGAGGAGAUGCGCUUCCUGAUGCCUUUCCUGCGGUCGCUGCCCAACCUCACCCACCUCUCCCUUAACGGGAACCACUUGACCCGAGCCACUGUGAAGGACCUCACCGAUGCCAUGAAGGACAUGGCCAAGUUCCCCUCCUUAGCCUGGAUCGAUCUGGGCAACAACAUGGACGUCUCCUCCAUGCCGCAACCUCUGCUUGUUGGCCUACGGAAGCGGCUCAGCCAGCAGACCACGCUGCCCACUAUUUACGAAUCCUUGGACUGCACUUCUGAGGGAUCCAGUGGGCCUGAGAUCAGCCUGCUGGAGGAGGAGGAGGAGGAGGAGGAGGAGGAGGAGGAGGAAGAGGAAGAUUUGCAAGGGGAAGAGGGGAUCCCACCAGUGGCCAAGCACCGCUUCCACCAGCAGUCGUGUGAAAGGUGACUGGACAUGGAGGUGUCCUCUGGAAGACAGAAACCACUGCUGUGGAAGCUCUGAUGGAAGAGAUGCCGCAUCAGGCCUCACCUGCCCACUUCCUUGAGCCUUUCCUAACCUUUCUGACUUGCUCCCCUUGCCCUGUCCUCUUCCUCCUAGUCGGACUUUCUCACAUGCACCAAAUAAGGCUGGUCACUUACCAUGAUGCCGCAAAUGGAGACCAUCUGGAGAUGCAGGAGGUGGGCUCCUGUUGUGGGGAGGCGCAUGGAGCAAGCGAGCCCUGGGCCCAUCCUUUCCCAGUUGUGCAGGGUCCACAAGCCCAGAGAGCCCUGUGAGAAUGGCAUGGAAAGACUGAAUGGGGCCCGAGACGGCACCGGGAUGGCACAACUCGCCUCCUCCCCCUCCUCCCCUCUGAACAAAGGGUGGCGGAAUGCGAGGCAUGCCGGUGUCUGCAGCCCAGACAUGUGACAGAUGGCACUGCAAGAACUUGAGGGCAGCUGGAUGUGGUUUACGCAGGUGUUUGUCUGGGGGGCCUGUUUGGAGCAUCCCUUUCCCCCCUAGUGUUUCUGCUCUUCAUGGACGUCUGCAUUCAAACGCCUCUGUGCUUUCUGCUCUGUCGGGCUGGGAUGGUAACUCUGCCUUAUGCCCAGGAGGAAACGGUAACCUGGGCAAGCCCAGUUCAGCAGAAAUAUCUCAUGGUGUGUGAUUUAUGAUAGUAAAUGACUUUCCUGGAAAGAGGAUGAAAUCAUUGCUCAGCACUUUGUUGGGCAAUUAUUUGGGAGAGUUGCAGAAGCCUCGUUCUCUCUAGAAACUCCUAUUGAAAUAUUCCCAACCUGUUUCUUCAUAAUGGGGGUCUCCCUUCUUUUGACACCAUUUCUCUCAAAAGGAAGAAUGUGCACAUUGUGCAGAAUGUGCCUUGGUGCCAGGGGAACUGCAGGGCUUUUCUCAUCCAUUCAGUACAAGGAUGCUUGGAUUUAACAUCCCUUGUGAUGUUCCUUCAUGGAGAAAGGAGAAAUUGGCUCUCCUCCAUUUAAUAGAACCCCUCCCCCCCAAAUCAAUUUGGGGCAUACAAAAUAGUGAUGACAUCUAAGCCACAGUGGAACAGCCAGUUAAGAGACGAGGGGUUUGCAGAAUGCAUCACUCAAUUAGGGCUUAACAUCUGUGGCUCAGAUGUGAAAGAAAACGGGGCACUCUGAAGAAUCUUUUAAGACAACAAGAACUCCCAGAGAACUUGAGCCGUUUGAUGAUUCGAAGCACCCAGCCUGCUCCUGGGUGGUUUCGUUUCAAAGUGUGGCCAUUUAUGCACACCUUUGGGGUUCUUUCCACACAAGCCCACUUUUGGAACUCGGAUCCUGUAAAUAAAAAAAUGUUUAAGAUGCAAAUAAAUCCCCCCCCCCCAGAAAGUGCAAUCCUCUAAGCCUUGGGCAGCCACUCUUGAACACCUGAAAGGCUUAUUAGACAUCUCAGAUAAUAAUUUAAGAAGAGAUUGGAUAACGAUUUGUCUGAAAUGGUAUAGGGCUUCCUGCCUGAACAGGGAGUUGGAUUAGAAGACCUCCAAGGUCCCUUCCAGUUCUGUUAUUCUGUUAUAACCAGGGUGGAUUUGAUUUAAAUCAAGUUGAUUUAAAUCACAAUUUAAAUCAUGAUUUAAAUCACUAGUAAAAAGGCUUGAUUUAAAUCAACUCGAUUUAAAUCAUAAUUUUUAAAGAGCAACUGUUGUUUCUGCUACUCCUUUGACCCACUGUUGACUCACUGGUAGUCCCAGUGUUGCAGAAUAUACAGCCUCAUGCUACAUAACUAAGCUCCAUUUCAUGCUGAAUAAACUAAAUUAUUUAUGUAUCUUAAAUAGAAAACUAUCUUACGAUAGAUUUUUACUCCAAAAGUUUUUUAUUAAAAUAAAUUUGAUUUAAAUCAAAAAAAUCCGAUUUAAAUCAAAAAAAUCUGAUUUAAAUCAAAAAAAUCUGAUUUUUUUUUAUUUUUUUAAAAAAAUUGAUUUUUAUCCAUCCUGGUUAUAACCAAAGCUAAGAGUUCUGCUUGUAAGACUUGCAGCUUCCCAAUUAAGAGGCUCUCUGGUUGAGAGACCUGCAGGCAGCAGAGGAAAGCUGGUCAAAAUGGAUUGAGCAGGCAGGAGCACCAGUCAUCUUCAGUCAGAGGGAGGCAAACUUUCUUUUCUCAAUAUGCAAUAUGAUACUCCCUUACAAUGAAAUUCCCAAUUCUGGUCUAAAAGGUUUUUAUAACCUCUGAGAACAAACCAAGCACUUCAUCCUCUACUUGUCUCUCCAAUCCACCAUUGCAUGCUCAAAGAUAAUUAAAAUUUUAGAAACAUACAAGUGAACACAAAGAUACUUGCUAGAGAAACCUUUUAAAGUUUUAUUUUGCAUUUUGCAAAGAUUGGAAGAAAAAAAACCUUGAAUUAAGGAAACACUAAAUAAGAGGUCUUAUACCUUACCAUGAUUUAGAUUUUAUGGACCUGUCUGUUUUCAUUUUAUGCAUUACCCGGAGACCUGGGUUUACCGAUUAAUCAAAACUACAAUAAAUUAUUUUAAAAAUCAAACAGGACA